AUGGGACCAUUUCCCCAAGCCCUGUUGCUUUUGCUCGGCGUCUGUCUAUUCACCCAACACGCUAGCUCCGAGUUUAGCGAAGAGCUACACAUUUACCCCCUCCCCGUCGACGGGUACUUCAUUCUCGAUCUCCGGUUCGGCUUUGACUACGAUGGAGACCAUUCAGCGCGGCACUUCAAGCUGUUCCCGAGGGAAAUAGGACAGCUCGUCCACCGCCUGUCCAUAGAAGAGUUUCAAUUGCGUAUCACUAAGGGAGCGUGGCCAUGGGAUGAGUGGUAUGCACCCUCUAUCGCUGCUCCUGAAGGUGUAGAGCUGUGGGCAUACUACCAACCUGAGUCGUCGACCAACACCGAUCAACUCUGGAAGUCAACCGCUGAAAUCCUUUCUGAGUACAUCUGCGGUUCUAUCGAACCCUUCUACAACAACGUGCCCAGUAGAACCAGCAACAAAUGGCUCGACCAAAACACCUACUACCAAACCUAUCCUAGAUACAAUAUGUUCCACCUUCAACCCUCAUCAUCUACUAUGAGUAAAAACUUCAGACGAGGAUUCUUAUCUCCAGAAGUCCUCUGUACGGAAAACUUCGACUCGCUCUCUAAAUGGCUGCCCUGUCACUUCAAAUCUGGUAUCGCAUCCAUCCUAUCUCCUCCCACAUCCCUCCGAUCCACUUACUCGUCACUCUCCCUCCAUUACUUCCCCACCCCGUCUUCAAAAAAAUUCCUCCUCUCCUUCUCCUUCCUCGUCCGCAAAAAUACUCGGGUCCCCUCAUCUAUUCCGUGGGACAUCACUACCCUCUCCAGCAUAUCUCCCCCAGACGUCUGUUCGCUCUCUUCUCACUCCACACUUCACAUCCACCCUACACUUACCUCCACCUCCGUCCCCGUCGACCUCUAUUCCACCCUGUCCAAUCACCUCACCCUCGUAUCUCUUCCCCUCCCUCCCCCCUCUCCCUCCCCCCCACCUGUGAUCGUCACCCGCUGGGUCUCUUCCCCCACUCUCCGUCACGGCAGACAAUUCAUCGUCUCUAUCCAAAACCACUCUAACCACACCUAUCAUAUCCUCUACCACCAACCCACCCCUCCCUAUCUCCCUCUCUACAUCCACACCCUCCAACCCUACAUCAACUCUUCCAACUCGUCCCACCCCACCCACGUCCAGUACUCGCCCACCUCCCACCACAACUCCACCCUCACCCUCUCCCUCUCAGUCCCUCCCUUCACCCACCUCCUCUACUCCAUGGACUGCGAACUCGCCUUCCCCGACCGAUUGCGCGUCUCCAUCCUCCCCACCUCCUACUACUACCUUCCCCCCGCCCUCGUCCAUGUCACCCCCCCUAACACCACACAUACACACACGCUAUACACGGACACCUGGGUCCUCUACUUCCACGACUUCGACUUCUCCAUGGGCUUCAACACCGUAGCGUGCAUGCAAAUGUCUAUCAUCCUCCUCUACGGGUUCGUCCUCAACAUCGUCUUCAAAGACUACAGGGAAUCCUUUCACGAAGGCAAGUUCAUCACCAAAAAAGGGCCCUUUCUCUCCCUCACGCUCAAACUCCUCUCAAACCUGAAGAAAAGACGGCUCUUCACCCCUCGGACGGGCAGCAGCGAGUCCAAACCGCGCCUCGCAGUCGAUCCUCAGACUCGAUAA